CGAUUUAGCUGUCAACUGUGAUAACAGCCAGCACGGAAGUCUAAAAUCACAUUGCGUUUUUAUUUAGCCAUGGCUUGUCGGGGCGUGCCCUGGCUGAUUCCCCGUUGCUUUGUAAGCACCACCACUGCCCUUUGUAAUGUUCAGAUGCUCUCGGUAGAGUACGAAAAGGCAAAACCGUUCUCUGAGAUCCCCGGCCCAAAGGGUCUGCCUUACCUGGGAACCCUGCUGAAAUAUAGAAAAGGUCCUCUUAACAAAUACAACAUUGAAAGGUACCAAGAAGCUGUAUUAGACUUGUACCACCAGUAUGGCAAAAUUGUCAAGGAGACCAUCGCCGGAACAACAGUUGUGCACCUGUUUGACCCGGACUACAUCCGCUUGGUGUUCCAACACGAGGGAAAGAUGCCGCACAUCGUUCCACUAAUGGAGACGACACAGAUGUACCGGCAGCAGAGGGGGCUUUCACUGGGGCUUGGAAACACCAAUGGUGAAGAGUGGUACAGACUUCGGAGCGCUGUACAGCAGAUGAUGAUGAGACCCAAGGCAGUCACUGUGUAUCUUCCAUUUGUUACGGAGGUUGCUGAGGAUUUUGUAAGCCAUCUUCGAUUAAUACGGGAUUGCAACGGCCACGUUCCAAACCUGAGGAACGAGAUUUCAAAAUGGAAUGUUGAAUCCGCUGCUAUGACUGUGUUUGAAGCCCGCUUGAAUUCCUUCAAAACAUCAAAGGACUCAGAGGUUCAAAAGAUGAUCAAUGCCAACACUGCCAUGUUCACGCUGUCAGCAAAAAUGAAGUUUCAGUUACCGCUGUACAAACUGUUUCCGACACCAAUAUGGAAAAGACUGGUAGACGCAGAGGAGUGUGUGUUGCAGACCAGUCUAAAGUACCUGAAUGAGGCCCUGGCAAAGAUAUCUGCGCUCACAGACGCCAAUGCAUUGAAAGAGGGACAGUAUAAUUUUCUAUCUUACCUUAUCAGCAAACCAGAACUAGAUAUGAAGGACAUCACAAUCAUCACACUCUCGUUGUUUGGGGACGGUCUCAGCACAACCUCUCCAACGCUGGCCAGUAACCUGUACUGCCUCGCUCGCUACCCUGACGCCCAGGAAAGGCUGUACAAUGAGAUAACAAAAGUUGUGCCCCCUGGAGAACAGAUAACUGCUGACAGGAUAAAUAGCAUGGCGUACUUGAAGGCAUUUGUGAAGGAAACUUUCCGAUUUUUUCCAAUCGGGCUGGACGUUGCGCGUGUGCCAACUCAGAAUCUUGUGAUUGGAGGCUACCAGAUACCAGCCGGGAGCCAUGUUGAGAUGAACAACUUCGUCAUGUUUCAAGACCCGCAGUAUUUUGAGGAGCCAGGGGAGUUCAAGGCAGAGCGCUGGUUACGAGACGGCUCCGCCCAGAAUAUCCACCCCUACAUAUUGACACCGUUUGGGCAUGGACCCAGAAUGUGUGCAGGUCGAAGGUUUGCGGAACAAGAAAUGUACGUGGUUAUCAUCAAAAUCCUUCAGAAUUUCCGUCUUGAGUGGCGACACAAAGACCUCAUGCAGAAAUACCAGAUAUUGAUGGUUCCGGAAGCUCCAGUUGAUAUCACCUUCAACAGUAGAUGAGACAUAGAUGACAUUUAGUUAUCUGUUUAAAUCUUCCAGUUGUUAAUACGAGUAUUGUUCUGUGAAAAAUUGGCUAAAUACAUCUGCUAUAAGUUUCAUCCCAGAUUAGCCUGUGCCGUCUGUACAUUCUUAUCAGGGACAGCACUUUCAGCCUAUACUGGAUUUUUGCUGAUAAGAUACUUUGUUUACAUGUAAACUACCAUAGAAGUGGAAAGAAACGUCUAUAAUAAGCCUGUGAAGACUGCAUAGGCUAAUCAUGAACAACACUUUAUGCACAUGCGCUCAGCCCAGUUUUCCCUAAACAAGGCUCAUAUAUAUUUAUGCAUCAUCUGUAGCAUCUUUCUGUUCUUGAUAUGUGUAUACAGAAUAUGUCAACCUUCAGCAAUACACAGAACUGAUCUCAAAAGACAGAAGGGUUUGUGUACUAGCCAAUAUUAUGUGAUUGAUUUUGUUGAUUUUGCAUAUCAAAAUGUGACCCAUGUGGAUAUACGGUAUUCAUAACAUACUUACACAUACAUGUAAAGUCCAAAUAAUGAGUUUAUAUUCUUGUGAUGAUCAGCUUAAAUCAAUGUGUUUAUGUGGCUCCAAAGCACGGUGACUUAAAAGGAAAAACUUGUUGGCGGUUUUGGUGUCGGCGUCCUCUUAUGUUUGUCUGAAACAGCACUCAUAAGAGUACCAAUGUUUCUCAACAUGACACAUUUAUAUGUAGAUAGAUCUCAUCCAAGAACAAGCAUGAAAAGGUGGCCGUGUUGUAGUGAAUAUGGUGUCAGCCUAGUGACCCGGAGGAAGGUGGCCGUGUUGUAGUGAAUAUGGUGUCAGCCUAGUGACCCAAGGUGGCCGUGUUGUAGUGAAUAUGGUGUCAGCCUAGUGACCCAGAGGUCAUGGGUUUGAUCUUCACAGUGGGAGCAUUCUUUAUAUCUCCCCCAUAGACACCAAGUACUGGUUUUAUUCCCAAGAAAUGGACUCAAGAGCACUUUAAAUAAGCCCUAGGCUUUUGAUGCAAUCCAGAUAAAAUAAAUAGGUUUGAAGCACAAGUAUUGUGCAUUGGUUAUGUAGUUGUAUCAGCAUUAUCAUUUAAUGGGAGAAAAUGAUAACCUAUUAUACUCGUAUAUUUGUUUCAAUUGUUACACUUGUGCUCAAAUUUACUGAGAUUUCAGUGUGCUUUGGCUGCUUACAAAUCAAUCAUCAUGUCAGUUUAUUAGACGACAAAUUUCUCUUUUAGCUCUUUUAAUAUAACAUGCAGCAAACUAAAUGGAAAUGUUCAUGGUCAGGAUUGAAAGCCCAUCAAAACUGCAAUAGAGUUAUGAAUUAUGAGUCUUUGCAUACUAUUACAUUCUAAAAUAGAAACAGAUCACUCGGGUUCUGGAAGGCAUACCACUUGAUGAACUUUUCUCCGUUAGUUAUAUAUGCUGACCCAGUAUGGAUUACACGGUCUUGCUAAAAAGUGCCAAGUAUUCAUUAAUCUAUUAUGUUUAAUAAAAUAUAUUGAAUUUUUAA